AGAGGGAGUGAGGGAGCAUAUGUGCAGGAGGGUGGGAGGGCUGGAGAGGGAGAGGGAGCACGAGCGGAUGGGUGCUGUGCAAUCCGUGAACAGGGGAGCUCUGAGCAUUUCUUAGACGUCUUGGCUGCUUGCCCAACUUGGCUCAUUGUAAUCGAGGCAUGAUCGUCGACUCCAGGCAGCCCUCUCUGCCGCCCCGGCUGCCUCUCGCCUGGACACUGCCCAGCUCUCAGCGCUGACAUGGAAAGACCUCCCUCCAGUGACAUGAUGCCCAAGAGGGAUCAUGAGAGGGACCUGGAGCUGGACAGGAAGAUCGAGGCUCUCCGCAGGAAGAAUGCGGCGCUCAUGAAGAGGCACAAGGAAGUUGAAGAGGACAGGAAAAGGGCAGAAGAGGAAGGAGUUAUGCUGCAGAGCCGAAAGGGCAAAGCUGAGGAUUUUACCAUCACAAUCAGCAAGACCACCAAUCAGGAUAGUCGGGUUGUGGUGAAGAAGCCAUUCAGCGGUGGAUCACCAGCAGGUAAAGGACAGGAGGAGGCCGGGCCCGACAUGGGAGAAGAAGGCCCUCCGCAGGGUCCCAGCCGGGGCCACAGGAAGCAGCUAAUGGUCACCAUGGCUGGCAAAAAGGGUAAGAGGGUGGUGAGUGAGAGGCCAGAGAAGAGGCCGGGCUCUGCGGACGUAAAGAGCCCUGCAGAUGACGGACAGAUGAGGCGUGUGGAGUCGUCGGGGAGGGUGAAGCAUCCACCUCACAUGACCAAGAGGGACACGGCAGCACAGGAUGAAGUUAAACAAGGGCAGAAGCACGCUGAGGAGCAUCAAAGGCUUUCAGAGCAAUGCCAGGAGCCUGAGAGCCUGCAGGCCAGCACAGACCUUAACAUCCCCACGUCGAAGGAGGAGCAGGAGGGGUAUGCGCGAUGGAAGAGAGAGCGCGAGCAGAUCGACAAGGAGCGAGUGGCACGCCACAAAAACGCCAAGGGCCAGUGGAGACGGGCGUGGGACCUGGACAAGACUGACUACAUGCUUUCAGACAAAUCCAUCCCUGACUGGGGGCCUUCCAGCAGAGGUGGACGAAAUGCUAGAGGGAGAGGACAGUCCAGGGCAGGUCACGAGAAGCGGGGGAAAGACAAGGGAGCUAAAAACGUGCAAGUGAUAAGCAGCAAAGCAAAAGGCAUAGAGCGUCUGACAGGAAGAGCGAGGAGAUGGCAGGCAAAUGAAGACGGAGAGGACCUACAGUCUGCUGACACAACGUUAGAGGAAUUCUUGGAGGAACUUGACGCCCUCACGGACGCUGACGUAGAGGAUCAGAAAGAUGUGGACUUGAAAAUGAAACCGUCACAGAGCCCAGAUUCACUGAGAACAUCUGAGGAAGUGAGUGGAUCCACCACUACAGUCACAGAGGACACCCCCCCAGAUGACAUGGCAGAUACGUCGUCCCCUCAGGGUUUGGAAAAGAAAGUGCGCUUCUCAAAGGAACUCAUCCAGGGGUCUCACACAAAUCAAACCACAGGCUCUCAGGACUCUGCCUGCUCAGAAUCAAGAGGUGCAAGCUCCUUGAAAGAUUCCUCACCUAAAAAACAACAACAUCAAGUGCAGGGGCCACAGCGGCCUCUUGAAAGUGCAAAGCAGGACGUGGAUCAGGAAGGUGUCUCGUCAGCUCCUCCUAUUGCCCAGCAGCAGGCUUCUGAAAUCAAAUGUGGUGAAAAAGACAGUGGCCCCAGUACAGCUCCCAGCUCCAUCUCCGCCGAAAAAGACAGUGCCUCUCGACAGGAGAUCUCUGUCCAAUCUAUAGAGCUUGCCAAGUGCAACAUCAGCAACACAAACACAGAGGAACUAAUAGACUCCGGCCUGUCUGUCCUGAGUCUGGAGUCGGGAGAAACACACCCAACACACUCCACCAGCAGCGACAAAGUCAGUGUGCGUGACGGGAAGAGGGCAGAGAGAAUCAAUAAAUGUGUAAAUGGACUUAGGGAGGAAAGUGCAAAUGUACCAUGCUUUUAAUGGAUGAGAAGAGAGAGGCAAUUUUGGUUUUAGUACUUCUCUAAUGUGAAAAAGUCUCAUGAGAGAAUGCGUCUUCAUCCCAUCCACCACUGAAACAGCUUGACAAUAUAUAAAACCAUGCCAUAUUCAUUCAUUUAGAAAAGAAAUACGUAACUUGAUUAUUGCACAAAAAAAUCCAGUUGAACUAAUACUUUUGUGUAUGCUGUUCUCUUUUUGUUGCAGGCAAGAGAGCAUGGGAAGAUUGUUUGACAUUUUUGGGAUGUAAAUACUGAAACCAAGUCACAGCAACACAGACUUUGCCACUUUGCAUUUUGCUUCUGGUAGCUCAUUUGAAAUGCCCUGAUUAUGGCUUACACAGAGCACCAUGGUUUAAUUCUGCUAUGGUUUUCAAAUCGUCUCAAAUUUGGAUGAAGGAAUGUUCAACAUUUUCCUGCUCAAAUAUUUUUUACAUCCAAGCACUAUGAGUAUUAAAAGCAUGUGUACUGACACAAUAUUCAGCAUGUCAGUACGCUGCCUGAGUGCAAUAUCAUUGAAUGUUUACAUUUGUAUGAAAAUGUCAAGGUACAGGUAUCAGGAGGUAAGCUAAUCAGUAACACUUAGAUAUAGCUCUUGAAUAAAAACUUCAGCCACAGUCUAAUUAUCUAGUGCCUGAUUCUGCCUUAGAGGUUUUUUUCAAUAAGUAAAUUCAAGUCUGUGUUAUAUAAUGAUACAGUAGUGACUGACAUACAGUAGAGCCUGUAUUUAUACCCACAGAUAGUGUUUAUUUACUACUUCCUGCAUCAGUCUAUGGCCUUUCACCAAUCAAAAAUCAAAUCCUUGUUAAAUGGCACAUUUGAGACUUUUUGGCCACUGCCAUAGGCAUUAGGUUUCUCAAAUAUAACUGCAUUUUGUUUUAAGGGGUACUUAAUCAAGGACACAUCAAGCUCUGUUUAUGCUUCUUGGUGAGCGUUACUCAUCUUGUAAAAUGUAAACGUGUUCUGUGGCUCAAGAGGAAGUUUAUCAAAUUGGAUAAAACAAGCAGAAUUUAAGUCUCAAACGUGCCCUUUAACACAUAGUUUUACAGCUGAAUCCCAAUCCUCUGGUCUUCCUCAGACUCUUAUGUUUCUUCUUAACAUGGAAUUGUAAUUGUCUGUAAAAUUACUUAUUUAAACAACGGACUGCAGGAUAAUGAAAGUGAACCUUUUAUGAAUCAAAAACUAAUUUGGGAACUAGAACAUUAUGUUAUUUGAAUAGCUUGCUCCUGCUGUUUUAAAACAAGCAGUGUUAAGCGACCCAGUGCAUAACAGCCUCCAGCCUUUUUCUCUGUAGAGGCUUUUGGCCCCUGUGGGACCCACAGACUUUCAGCCUUUAGUCCACAGUCAAAACACUGGGAUUCAGCUGCAAUUCCCUUUUGGCAUUGUUUUGUAUUGUGAGCUCUUUUAUAAUCAUGAAAGACAACUUAUAUUUUUGAAAAGCUGAUGAAGCUUCAAGAAUUUAGCCAUUUGUUGUGCCUUGCAUAUUGGCUUCUUCAAAUAUUGAAGGUGUACCUUAAUUGUGUGUACCAUAACAUGCAGUAGUGUUAAACACUGUACUAAACAUCAGCAUUGAUUUUAUUUAUUUGCCUUUCCAUUUGGAAAAAAGAAUGUUAACUAGAAUGAUUUUACAUAGCUAAAUAUGUUGUGAAACAAUGUCUAUGUACAUUUCAGUAGCUGUUUUUUUCCCUCUGUGACAUGUAUGGAUUUGUUUUAUUUAUUGCCAUUCUUAGAUUUUGUUUUGGUUUCAAGUGACAACUAUAGUAAGAAGCCUCACAAGAACUCUGUCCUCAAAUAAGUUGUUGGCUUCCGCCAGGCAAUAAUACAAAAACAGUUAUGUAACCGUAAGUAGUGAACAUAGUGGCCUACUCUUUGGGGCCCUGUCAGCUUCAGCUGUAGUUACAUCAAAUAUAAAUCAUCAGAAAUCUAGCACACUGGAAAAACUAAGAAACAAUUCAGAAAUUCUAGACAUCAAGAAAGAAUGUGUGCUGUUUUUGAGUUGUGGCCUUAUUCUAUAUUAUAUAUGGAAUUUGAAUGGAGGGUAAAGGAAAUAUUUGUUUGCAAAACAGAUAAUACAGAUUACCUCUGAAAUAUUUAAACUUCCCUGUGGGAUUCAAUUUAGUGAAAUGAAAUGUAGGACCUACAACCAUAGAGCAGCUGUGCAUUUGUACUUGAUUAGCAUUUAGUUAUUAUACAUCUGCACUGUCACCUCCACUGCUGUCCUCCAUGUUUUCCCAUACUCUCAUAAGGAAGGAAAAUGUGUGAGUGCCUGUGUAUAAGUGUGUAUGUGAUUGCUACUUAUUUAAAUCUGUGUGCAACAUAGCUUAAUUUACCCUAAAUCCAUUUGGAAGGAGGCAUACAGAUCAUGAAUAAAGCUUUUCUGUUUUUCAAACUCUCAAA